UUGACCUGCAGCAUACAAAGUGUUGUUGAUGCUGUUGCAAACCGUGUUGGUGUUGGUGUUUGCUGAUGUUGCUAUUCUUGACAAAUUUUUCUAAUCGCCGUUAGCAAAGGUCAAACAUAAUGUUCUGUAUUACAUGUGGAGAAGUAUCAGAAGAUGACAGAUGUGACAAGUGCGAGAAGGAGUCUGAAACCAACCAGUUGAUUACCGAGUACUUCCAUCGUGGCUAUCAAUACAAAUUCAUUGUUAGGUUCUUGGAAAGAGAUGGCAUCAAAAUGUCUGUCAGGACACUGAAACGGAAACUUAAUUUGAUGAACUUGCGACGGAAACAGAACAUAGAUUUCGAAGAUGAGAACCAUAUAAGACAUAUUAUAAGGACUGAAAUGAGUGGACCAGGAAGUCUAGCAGGAUAUAGAAGCAUUUGGCAUGCCCUUCGUUUGAAACAUCACUUACAUGUUCCAAGAUCUUUUGUUGCAAAUGUGAUGAAAGAGAUGGACCCAGAUGGAGUUGAAGCACGGAAGAAAAGAAAGCUACGUCGUCGCACUUUCUUCUCAGAAGGCCCAAAUUACUCAUGGCAUGUAGACGGAUAUGACAAGCUGAAGCCUUAUGGAUUUCCAGUUCAUGGUGCCAUAGAUGGCUUUAGCCGUCGGAUUCUCUGGCUGGAGGUUGUUAGGUCAAACAACAACCCAAAUGUCACUGCAAGUCUAUUCCUAGAUUCAAUAAGAGAGACAGGUGGUUGCCCGAGAGUACUUGUCUCAGACAGGGGUACAGAAAAUGGUACUGCUGCUGCAAUCCAGAGCACCUUACGAUCUGGCUCUAAUGAUGCCUUAGCAGGAAUGAAGGCUCACAGGUUUUGCUCAUCCCCAGCCAAUCAGAGAAUAGAGGGUUGGUGGUCAUAUUUACGAAAAAACCGUAGUAGCUGGUGGAUGGAUUUCUUCAAAGGUCUUGUAGAUGAAGGCACUUUACUGCUUGGUGAUCAUAUCCAUAUGGAAUGCCUAUGGUUCUGCUUUGCAAGAAUACUUCAAAAUGACCUCAACAGUGUUAAAGACCAUUGGAACUCUCAUCGCAUCUCAAAAAAUGGCUACAGCAAAGUACAUGGAGUACCAGAUAUAAUGUUCUAUUUGCCUGAAUAUUAUAAUGCUUAUGAUUGUAAAACAGAAGUUGAAGAAGAUGAAUUACACCAGUUUGAAGAGUAUAUCAGAGAGGAAAACCCAGACAAUGUAUAUACAGAAUAUUUUGAGUAUAUAAUUGAUCAGCAACAGCUAGGUGUUCCAAGCGAUGAACAAAGUGCAUUACAACUUUUCCAAUAUAUAGUAAGCUUGCAAUUAUAAUAAACUGAACAAUUCCUGUAGAGCUCUGUAGUGUUUUGUUUAUAAUAUAAUUAAAAACACAAUUGAAAAUCAUCUUAUUGAACAAGGUUAACUUAUGAACCCUGAUCUAAUUGUUUUCUUUAAUAAUUUCACAACUUUUGUUUGAAUAUUUUAUAGGGCCCAUGUGCUGGAAUUGUUUUGAUGCAUAGCAUGAUAAAAUUAAAUUUCAUCUCUUUCUUGGGUUUAUUCAAAUUCAUCUAAGGUCAAUAUUAUUUUAGGGGAGGGGGCUCCCUCCUCAUUUAAUCUACUUAUCGAGAGCACUUCUCCUUUAAAUAAUUUUCUCUAUGCAGUAAAUUUAAUUUCUUUGUCUUUUAUUUGCCAAUUGUAUUAAUUAUAUGUAGUAAUGUAUGAUUUUUGUGCUGAUGCCUUAUAUUAUUGUAUGCUAGUUUUAUCUUUGUAUAUAUGGAACAAAUUUAAAAUAAUAAAAAAAACUGAAAAACAACUGAAACUAUCAGAAAAAUGUUACAAUAAACAUGCUGGAAUAUACCUAAAUAAUAACAAAACAUUGAGUAAAUACUGAAGAACAGAAAUUCAGCUUGUACAAUUAAUAAGAUUUAAUGUGAGAUAAGGUUUCAAUCCCUCAAACAAUAUUGUAUUCCCAUGAAUCCUUGUUGUUCAAGAGUUCUGUAAAUUCCUCACUUAGUUCAUUGUACGACUGAUAUGUAGAUGGCAGCUCCAAAACUGGUCCACAUGUGUGAGCUAUUGGUCUUCUACCUUUGCCAGACUGAACUGGAUCACUUAAUAAAUCACUGAAUGAUAUUGCUAUGCUGUCACACAAGAGGAUAUCACUUCCUGUGAUGAAUUGAAGGAAUGUUUCUAGCAAGGUACAUUGCAAGGACUUGAUGUAGCGCUUGAGAUGAUCUAAACAGCUCCUCUCUGCAUCAUUUGCUGGAUUUGCAUCUAUAAGUUUGAUCAACUUUUUUGGUGUUGGCUUUUUUUGAUUGUAAAAAUUUUCAAGAGCUUCCACUGAUUUAAAAUCAUCAAACUGCAGCAAUAUCUUCAAAUAGGGGGACCAGCAAUGCAUUAUAUAUUUGGGUCGUUGAAUUAAUUCUUGAUGGGCAAGUUGAUGAAUUAUCUCAUUUAUGUUUUCUUUGGUAACAUGUUUAUAGCAUUUGUAACUAGAUAGAAAAUCUAACACAUCCUCAUCUGUAGAAUCAAAGUCAUCACUCAUGCAUUUCUUCAAUGCUUCUCUUUCUUCUUCACCUAUAUACUUAUAAAACGAUUUCAGCAGAUAGUCAUCACUGACACCAUCUUCCCCAAACAAACAUGCUGCUAUGAAUGCUGGGGACAAAACCAGUGGAAAGUAACGCUCCUUCAUAAAUCCAAACAGCAAGAUCCUGGCUACAGCUGCCCACUCUUUCUUUUGAUAGUCAUGGCGAAUUGCAGGUACUUUACUCUGAGCACCAACACUUAAGGCAUU